AUUCCCGCCUAUGCUUCACACAACAAUAAACAAAGUUAGAAGACUUAUUUCCAUAACCUUCAGUUCUUCCAACUAGUUUUUCUUUCUGCUUUUUAUCUUUACAAUUAUGGAAUCCUUUCUUCUUACUACAAACCCGCUUCUGGGUCGAAACUCUUCGCUUUCAUCGCUGUCUUCUUCCUCCUCCUCCAUCUCGACUCAGCUGAAUAGCAAGGUCGAGAUCAUCAGGAGAAGAAUUGAAAAAGUUAAUACAAGGACAACACAUGUGCCUGCAUCUAUCGUUGCUUCAUCGGCGUCAAAACGAAAGACGGGUAAGGGGUUGUCUGCAAAUGUAGCGGUGGACUGUUCGGUUGUAUCAGAAGAGGCAGUGAAGGAUGUGUCAUGGACAGAAGUGCAAUAUGAAUCAGGGUCAAUUGGACAUAGGGCGCCACCUCCGGCGGAGGUCGAUAAAGACAAGCAGAUGGAGUAUAUUACAAAAAUAUUGGGUUCAAAAGUGUAUGAUGUUGCUGUUGAAACGCCAUUGGAGCUUGCUCCCUUGUUGUCUACUCAAUUGGGGGUUAAUCUCUAUCUCAAGAGGGAGGACGGACAACAGGUAUUUUCAUUCAAGAUUCGAGGGGCAUAUAAUAUGAUAUCUCAACUUUCUAAAGAUGAUUUAAAAAAUGGAGUUAUAUGUGCGUCAGCUGGGAAUCAUGCCCAAGGAGUUGCAUUAUCUGCUCAACGAUUAAAGAUUAAAGCCCAAAUUGUUAUGCCAACAACUACACCAACAAUUAAGGUAGAUGCAGUUAAGAGAUUGGGAGGAACCGUCAUACAGAAAGGGGAUACUUUUGAUGAAUCACAAAAAAUAGCUAAAGAGAUUAGCUGUAGAUGUGGCAUUACAUUCAUACCUCCUUAUGAUAAUGAAGAUGUUAUAGCUGGCCAAGGUACUGUUGGCAUGGAAAUUGGUCGUCAAAUGAGGGGUAAAAUCCAUGCUAUCUUUGUUCCUAUUGGCGGUGGCGGCCUAGCUGCUGGUAUUGUUUCUUUUUACAAGCUCGUUUAUCCUGAGGUAAAAGUAUUUGGAGUGGAACCAAAUGAUGAAAACUCGAUGGCACAAGCAUUGUAUCGUGACGAGAUAGUGAAUGUAACAGAUAUUGGACAUUUUGCUGAUGGUGUAGCUGUUCAACAAGUUGGGAAUGAAAAUUUCCGUAUUUGUAGAGAACUCCUUGAUGAUGUAAUUCUUGUUACCAAAGAGGAGAUAUCUGCCGCAAUAAAGGACAUGUUCAGCGACGAGAGGAGCAUCUUAGAACCUUCCGGUGCACUUGCCAUUGCUGCAGCAAGAGCGUAUUGCAAGUAUAAUAAUGUUACAGGAGUAAAUCUUGUGGCAGUAUGUAGUGGUGCAAAUAUGAACUUCGACCAAUUGCGCGAAAUUUCUGAUAUUGCCAAUGUUGAUCAGUCUAUCAUUUGUACUAUGUUGCCUGAGACACCUGGAAGCUUAAAAGAACUUACCGAGCUGUUGGGUGAAAACAUCACAGAAAUGCAAUACAGAUUUAGCUCUGGCUCAGAAGAUGCUGUUGUUGUUUACAAAGUUAGUGCUGUAGGUAAAGAACUUGAAGCAAUGGUGGAGUUGUUGAAUUCUGCUGGCUUUACAACUUACACUCUAAAUGAUAAUCCUACUGUUAAGAAUCACCUCCGUUACAUGACGGGAGGCAGAGCAGAUAUUGAAAACGAAACACUCUUCCGUUUUACAUUCCCGGAAAGGAAAGGUGCUUUAAAGCACUUCCUCAAAGACUUUAAGCCGACCUGGAACGUUUCUUUAUUUCACCAUCGUUCUCAGGGUAUUCUGACUUCAGAUGUAUUAAUUGGAGUUCAAUUGGAGAAAUCAGAACACAAACAUUUCCAUGAAUAUAUAAACAAAGUUGGGUAUAAAUAUGAAGUAGUCCCUCAAGAUGAUGCAGCCCAUGUUUUGGCAAAACUCAACUAGAUCGUGAUUAUCAAUAGUUAAUAAUGUAUAAACUAUAAACCCUUCCACUUCAUUUCACUUAACCCCAUCACACACUUAUCACUAGUGCUUCCUACCUCUUCAAAUCUUUGAAGUUGGACUCAAUAAUUAAUCACUUUGUUUGAUGAGUAUUAAAUAAGAUGAUGUGUGGAUGAUGGAAGUUAAUUUAUUAGUGAAAUGGUGAAGUUAUUUGCUUGUAUUAUUUGCAUAUAUGUUUUAUAAAUAAGAGUACUAAUAAUCCUAA